CUUUGACUAAAGAAGAGGGACGGAAGACCAAGGUGAUGCAACUUCCAAUAACCCAAUAUUGGCGGAAAAAAAACCCUCAUAUAUGUACAGUACGCUCAAGGCAAGAGAGGAGAGCUCACCUCCACGUGUCUCUGGGGUUGUUGCCGGGCCAUGGUCUCCAUUCCAUUAACAUAGAUAAGAGUGUUCGUCCCCUGCUCAGCAUAGAAAAGUUUCUGGAUUAGGGCAGAAUUAACACAAAGCAGCGACGCCACUCCAGCUGCACUCGCAAAAGAGGCACGAGGGGGACCGGGACACUCGAGCGAACGCCACCUCAGAAAACUUCAAACUCUGAUAGCGAGAGGCAGACGAGCCCAUCCCAGAGAGAGAGAGAGAGAGAGAGAAGGAGAGGCAGCAGAGGCAGAGACGGCAGCAGAGAGGCAGGGGAUCUUUGCCGACAAGGUCCUGAAGGAUGGAAGAGAAGCAGUUUGCCGGGAUCCUGAACGGAGCUGUUCCAGGCGAGCCAGUGACGAAGGAUGAAAACUCCCGGAGAGGGAACUGGGGCAACCAGAUUGAGUUUGUCCUCACCAGCGUGGGCUAUGCUGUGGGCCUGGGCAAUGUCUGGAGGUUUCCCUACCUCUGCUACAGAAAUGGAGGAGGUGCCUUCAUGUUACCAUACUUCAUAAUGCUGGUGUUCUGCGGCAUUCCCCUCUUCUUCCUCGAGUUGUCCUUCGGUCAGUUCGCCAGCCAGGGGUGUCUGGGAGUGUGGAAGAUCAGCCCUAUGUUCAAAGGUGUGGGCUAUGGCAUGAUGGUGGUGUCCACCUACAUUGGGAUCUAUUACAACGUUGUCAUUUGCAUUGCCUUCUACUACUUUUUCAUGUCCAUGACAAACUUGCUGCCCUGGACCUACUGCAACAACCCCUGGAACACACCGGACUGCAGCGGCGUGCUGGGCAGCAGCCACCAGCUCAACGCCAGCCUGGCUAAUGCUACCACAAGCCUGGUAGCAGGGGUGUCCGAGGUAGUCAACCGCACCAAGAGGACCAGCCCCAGUGAGGAGUACUGGAAACACUAUGUGUUGAACAUCUCUGAUGAUAUUGGGAACUUUGGAGAGGUCCGUCUCCCUAUCCUGGGCUGCCUGGCUGUGUCCUGGGUUGUCGUCUUCCUCUGUCUCAUCAGGGGAGUUAAAUCCUCUGGAAAGGUGGUGUACUUCACAGCCACAUUCCCUUAUGUCGUUUUGACCAUCCUGUUCGUUCGUGGCAUCACUCUGGACGGAGCCAUCAACGGGAUCAAGUACUACCUGACUCCACAGUGGCAGAAGGUCCUUGAUGCAAAGGUGUGGGGAGAUGCAGCAUCACAGAUCUUCUACUCCCUGGGCUGUGCCUGGGGGGGUCUCAUUACCAUGGCUUCCUAUAACAAGUUCCACAACAACUGUUUCAGAGACAGCAUCAUCAUCAGUAUAACCAACUGUGCGACCAGCGUGUAUGCAGGCUUUGUCAUUUUCUCCAUCCUGGGCUUCAUGGCACACAACCUUAACGUCCCCGUGUCGGAGGUGGCUGACCACGGCCCGGGCCUGGCCUUUGUGGCCUACCCGGAAGCCCUCACUCUGCUCCCCAUCUCACCACUCUGGUCAUUGCUCUUCUUCUUCAUGCUCAUCCUUCUGGGACUGGGGACUCAGUUCUGUCUGCUGGAGACCCUGGUGACAGCCAUUGUCGAUGAGAUCGGUACAGACUGGAUCAUGAGGAACAAAACCGUAGUCACACUGUCAGUGGCUGUAGUUGGAUUCUUACUGGGAGUGCCACUAACGACACAGGCAGGAAUCUAUUGGUUGCUACUGAUGGACAACUAUGCUGCUAGUUUCUCUUUGGUCAUCAUCUCCUGCAUCAUGUGCAUCUGCGUCAUGUAUGUUUAUGGUCACAGGAACUACUUUAAAGAUGUUGAGAUGAUGCUGGGCUUCCCUCCUCCUCUCUUCUUCAAAGUCUGCUGGAGAUUCAUCUCCCCUCUCAUUAUCUCUUUCAUCCUGAUCUUCACAGUGAUCCAGUAUAAGCCCAUCACCUACAAUGACUACGUGUAUCCAGGCUGGUCUCUGGCUAUUGGCUUCUCCAUGGCGCUGUCCUCAGUGGUCUGCAUACCUAUCUAUGCCCUCUACAAGAUCUCAAGGUCCCCAGGCGCCACCUUCAGAGAGCGGUUGAAGAACGCUUGCCGAUCACAUCCAAAGUGGGGCCCUGCCCUGAAGGAGCACCGGACAGGCCGCUACGCCCCCAUGGCCUCCGAAGACACUGUGGAGGCUCGUCCCCUCAAAGAGAAGGAGGAGCUGAAGGAGGAGCUGAAGGAGGAGGAGAAGGAGAGGAAGGAUGAGAUCAGCCUCACCGUCCAGGGAAGCAACGGCUCCACCAACACACACAACAACCCCAAUCCCAGCGCAUAGACAGCAUCCUGCUCUAUCAGUGCUACCUGGCACGGCCCCCCGUGCCCGACCAUCUCCUCCUUCUCUUCCUCCCUUCUACUCCCUUUUCCUCCAUCCUCACCCCACUUUCUCACAGUCCUCUGUGGGGGAGAUCCCAUUCACUGGAGACCUUUACAUAUUGUAAGGGCUUAUUAUAUCUAUCCUAACUUCUUCUAUCUGUCUGUGUGUUGUCUCUAGAUAAACGAAGGGGAAAAAAAACGAAAGGAAGACAAAAUUGGGUCAUCAUCCAAAAGAUUUGUGCGUAUGUUAGUGUGUGUGGGUGGGUUGUUAAUUUGUUACACAUAAUUUAAUAAUGCAGUUUGUUUAUCCUUUCCUUUUUUGUAAAACUUGUAUAUGCCAUCUUCAUAUGCAGUUAGAGGUACAGUAGAUUGUGAAGCUGCAUGUGUUUGUUUUGUGCAUGCAGCAACAUAGAGACACACACUGUUCUCCUUUAUUCUGUUAGCUGAGUCUGUUUGGGAUUGGUGACUUUCUAGAAGCAGUGAUUUGACAGCUGGAGACUUGUUGUGAUAUGAUACACAGUGGUGCUGUAACAAAUAGGAGCAGGGUGAACUGGGCCUGUACUGGCCAUUUACAGUUUAAUGAUGCUGAAAGAUGGAAAUAGGCUCAAUUCUAUGACCAGAAAAAGAGACUCAUUCACACUCAUACACUCACACUAUUGUACAUUUUACAGCACACAGUGACCUCAACCAUAGUUGAUCUCAGCUUAAGACUAAGCCUGUUGUUUUUUAUGCUGCUUUUUCUUUAAAAAAGUUCUACAGAGCACAAAUAUUUAACAAACACCCAAGAUGGCGACUGACACUUAGGGCUGAUCUUCUGUGGAAAUUUCCUCCAUUUGUAACUUGUUCCACUAAAGCUGCUUAAACUCAGCAGAGAAAUAUCACUGAAUUUUAACUGUACUGUACUCUCUGCCUCCGCAUUCACACUGACACACACACACACACACACACAAAGCGUUUGUUUCCAAUUUUUUGACAGAAGAGAUCCCAGUGCCCAUUUCUCAGGGUCCAAGCGAAGUUAAACUUUUUAGUUUAUUGUUGUUCCUUGUCUGUGGACACCUUAUCUUGACUAAGGUGGCCUGUUAAGAUUAUGGGGAUGGAGACCACCUAACGUUCACCGCUGUCGGAAAACACCUACACAUACACACAAAACAGGUGGAUGCAACUCUGUAUAUAGAAGUACCAUCUCUUCUUAAGUCUUCCAGGCAUUCUUUUUGAGUGAAAUGCAUCAUGGGAUGUGGUCUAUGAAUGAGGAUCCGGGCUAGAGGAGGUAGCUAGUGAAAGGAUCAUAGGUGUGUUGUACUCGGUGUCUCCUGUGGGUCGUAGCAAUCUGCCCCAUUAAGGCAUGUUACCAAAAACAUUACCUGAGUUACCUGAGUCGUGCACAUGUUUUUGGUAACAUAUAUAUUGUAUAUCUCAGAGAGACUGGUAUGGUGUCAGUCUCUUACAGUCAGUGGAACCUUUAAUGUAUUUACAGGCAUUUAUUUUAAAGCUCUGAGCCAAGCUGUGCUGUGACUGAUGGUGAGACAGAAAGCAGAGAGAUGCAGCUUGUUUCCAGAAGAAUACAGAAUAAAAACCAACUUAAAUGAAUUAUGUAGUUUUUAAUGUAGCUGUAUAGUAUUGUUCUCUCAGUAGAAUUCUCCUUUUUACCUCUCAUUAUUGUAAAGUAACUUAGUAAAUAAUUAUAAAGACAGCAUAUGUUUAUUUUGUACAAAAAAAUAAAAAAACUACAGAAUCAUAAUUAACCAUGUUUACCAUUCCUCAUCUGUGACUUGAUUUGUUGUUGUUUUGUUGGAGGGUGUGCUAGGACAGAGAGGGGUCUUUUUAGCAUGCUGGGUUGGGUUUCAAAAAAGUGUCUGAUUGGAAAGCAUCAAGGACAACUUUGUAGUGGCGUGGUGGCGGUCUAAAUACAGAACAAAUAUAUGAAAAGAGUUAUGUUUUUUGUCAUCUAGACAGAUCUGUGAAGAUCACAUGUUCCUUUGUCUUUUCAAGAUGCUUUGUUGGACGCCUGCUCAGGUGGUAGUGAGAUGCUUUUAGCUUCACAGGCAGGGAGGAGUUUUGGGAUUGCAUCAGGUCUGGCUGUAAUGUUUCUUCACAUUGUAGUUUCACUUUUUCUUUGUUUGUGAGCUGUCAAAUCAUUAAUAAAAUCAAAGACUUUUGGAGAACAGGAGGGCUAUGAAACCAGUAUUAGCAUGGAACAUAUUCACAUAAUAUACAAAACUGUAUAUUGUAUACCAUAUAUUGUAUAUAUACUUCAAGGAAUAGUUUACAAUUAUGGGACAUACUCUUAUUCACUUUCUUGCUGAGACUUAACUGAGAAGUUUGAUACCACUCUCAUGUCUGUAUAGAAACAGACAGUACCUGGUUAGCGUAGCUUAGCAUAAAGACUGGAGAUGAGGGUAAACAGCUAGCCUGACUCUCUCCAAUGGUUACAAAAUCUGCCUACCAGCACCUCUAAAACUCCCUAAUUAACAUGGUGUAUCUCGUUUGUUUUAUAUGCGCAAACACCUGCUGGUUGCCUGACAGCUGGUCCUGGCCAAGAGAUGGUCCGGCCCAUAACCUCCUGUAAAUCGGCAAAUUGUCAUUUUGACACUUGGAUUUUUGUAUGGAUUAAACAAACGAGUUAUGAUGUGUUAAUUACUGAACUUUAGAGGUGCUGGUAGGUGGAUUUCUUUACCUUUGGACAGAGACAGGCUAGCUGUUUCCCCCUGUUUCUAGUCUUUGUGCUAAGCUAAGCUAACCAGCUGCUGGCUCCAGCUUCAUUUUUAGCGUACAGACAUGAGAGUGGUAUCAGUCUUCUCAUCUAACUCUCAGCAAUAAAGCAAAUAAGCAUAGUUCCCAAAAUGGCAAACGAUUCUUUUAAGAAUGUAUCCAUGCUUAUCAGGCUUUUCAACAAUUUUCAGAGAUAUUGAAGCACAACUUCAGACUAAAUCUGCACAUUCUUUCUUUUCUUUCACCACUAUUCCCCACAAGCAUGUCUUUAACGGAGGAUAGUGCAGUUGCUCCAUUAAUCCACAAGAUGGGGCGAUGCUGACACUCAGGGUAGUAAAGGCACAACAGAGGUGUAACUGUAAUCGAAAUACAAAAAUCCCAACAGACACAAGACGUCUUCUCGCUAAAAAUGUUCACUGUCAAGACAGGAACAAUGAGAGAGGUCAAUGUUAAGCACAGAAGCUCAAAUAUAGUGAAAAUAAUCACGAUAAGCACAGUGAGCAUUCUGAAACAAGCACACAUUUCUACCCAGGUUUUUUACAGUGAGGUUCUCAGAUAUAUAGAAACAUUAUAUAGAAACGUAUACCGGCUAUUCACAUAGGUGGAGAACUGUAGCUUAAGUUAGUGGUCUGUUUUGACCUUCUGGUUUUGGUUUAUUCCUAAACUAUUCACACCACACAUGACGUAUUUUGUAUUAGCGUUUAUUUUUAAUUAAAUCACUGCAAAACCAGGUGCUCUAUGAAACAAUACAUUAUCACCAUCUACUAAUCUAAAUAUAUUGCGUUGCUUCCUUUGAGUAGAAAUUCCAAUCUGAGGAAUGUUACAGUGUCUAAAUGAGGUUUUAGUUGCUGAAAAAAGGUGAAUAUGAACUUAUUAUACUGAGUGUAUAUUGGGACAGCUUGUAGCUCAGACCGUUUCCUGUUUGUGAUUGCCUGUCUCGUGCGUUCAUGCUGUCGUAAGUGAAGCUUAGCCACCAUGUUACCAUGCUAUCUCUCUAUAUAUCCCAACCCUCACCAUCUCUGCUGGCCCUACAACUCUUCCUCCCUUUGUACAGUAAUGUAAAAAAUAUAUAAUCAGACUGUGUUUAUGUGUGUGUUUAUCUUUGCUUUUAUUUUGGGGGUGGGUAAGUGUGUUUUUGCGGGUCGAGGGAGGGCGGGUAUGUUUCAUUUUGUUUUUGAUUUGUCAUUUUACUUGUAGUGUAAUGUAGACGAUGUCAAGUGUAUUGUGUACUCUGUGUGUAGUGGAUUAGCUCAUUAACUGCUGAGCCUGCAUGUAGAGCAGGCGUAGUGUCAGUAUUGAUGUCAGUGUACCUCUAAUCUAUCAGAACUAGCCAAGUCCUAUUCUGCUAAUAAUAUACAGUCUAUCUUUUAAGAAAAAAAAAUACUUUUUUUACUAAAUGAAGAGAAAGAAAAUUACACAUUUUAUCUUCAGAUUUUAAUCAUUGUUUGACACUACUUUUUUGUUGUUGUUUUUGAAGUUGUAUUCAUAGAAACAUUAAGAUAAAGCCAGCUAAUAUUAAAAGCAUUUCCAAACAAAAUAGCUUUGGGUCGAAACUUGAACUACAAAAGAAUGGUUCGCUUUUACGGUGAGCUCUGGUGUAGAUGGCGGCUGCAGCGACAUGAUGAUGCUUUUUGAAAAACAGUAUUACACAAACUUAAAGCUAGAUUUUACACAGUGCAGUGCCAACGGUCGUAAAUCGCUGUUUACCUUUAAUAUUCUGUGGCCCUUAAUCCAAACAGUUUGGCUUUUUCUGUCUAGUUGUUACAAAAUGUUUUAAAAAAUGAGCAAAAUCAAAACACCAAAAUUACUCUGCAACCAACAUAGAAUUAGCAUCAGGACCCAUUAACGCACAUUUUCAUUCUUGUGCAGCUCUGAUGCAUAAUAUUGGAUCUUAAUACUGUUUUAUGUUGUAAGUAAACCUUCAAUUAUCUGGCUACUAAAAGAGUAAGACCCAUUUGGUCCUCCAGGAAAGCGAAAAAAAAAGCCACACAAUUUAGAAUAGUUAAUAUUUAACCCAUGUCUUCAAAUACUAAUACACAAUUGCCCACUAUCAUCUUACACUGAGGUGGCUGUGUAGAAAGUCACUGAUGUGGAAGAAAGUGAAUUACGUGAAGGCUCGGACCAUUUUUAUACACAAAUUCGCAGCACAACUGUACUAAAAAACAAAACUGUGAUUUUACCUUGUUUCUGUGGUUCUCUGUAAAUUGCAGAACAUUACCUCUUGAAUUUCUUACUACUGCUCAUAUAAGCAUAAUCUCAUGUUUCAGCACUUUAAAUAAAUCAUUUGUUUUUUUUUUUAUAAGCAACAGGCAAAACUAUAUAAUUAGAACAAUAAUUCACGCUUCCAUUUCGAAGAAAAAAAAAGAGAAAACAAGUACAGUAAAUAAUGUGUUUUCAGUCGUCUGGCUGAAAGAAACUGCCCAAGUGUGGGCGGACAAAUGCUGUGUUGUUGCUACGCCAAUGUAAAUUGUUGUCAUGGGAGGAGUGGAGAGGCAAAGCACAAGUGAGAAACGAGAACACAGGUCUUCUGGUAUUCUCUAUCAUAUCUAUCUGUCUAUCUAGCUAACCAUGUCUGUUCUUCUUGUUCUUCAACCUUUAGGGCCAAAAUCCAUUGAAAUGUCUUAGUCCUGUCAGCUGUAUAUCGUAAACUGUUGAAUUACAAAAUGGUAAAUAAAAUCUAUUUUAAAGAUCA